CCCCAUCCCCAUCCCCACCAGGAAGGCAAAGGCAAGAACACGAUCGAGUUCAUCAUCCAAUCCCAGUUCUAAAUCUCUUCUUUGAUUCCGAUCGAUCGACCUGCAUUAUACUAGUUCCUUCCCAUUCCCACGGAAGAUGCACAAGACCUCGUCGCUGUCGGAGCUGGGCUUCGACGCCGGGGACGCCUCGUCGGGCUUCUUCCGCGCGGUGGCGGACGGCUGCCCGAUCACUCACACCUCCUCCUCCGCCCCGCACCGCCGCCUCACCAAGGUGUCAGUCAUCGGCGCCGGCAACGUGGGCAUGGCCAUCGCGCAGACCAUCCUCACGCAGAACCUGGCGGACGAGAUCGCGCUGGUGGACGCCCUCCCCGACAAGUUCCGCGGCGAGGCGCUCGACCUGCAGCACGCCGCCGCGUUCCUCCCGCGCGUCCGCAUCGUCUCCGGCACCGACGCCGCCGUCACGAAAAACUCGGACCUCGUCGUCGUCACGGCCGGCGCCAGGCAGAUCCCCGGGGAGACCAGGCUCAACCUGCUGCAGAGGAACGUGGCGCUGUACCGCAAGAUCGUGCCGCCCGUGGCCGAGCACUCCCCGGACGCGCUGCUGCUUGUCGUGUCCAACCCCGUGGACGUCCUCACCUACGUCGCGUGGAAGCUGUCGGGGUUCCCGGCCAGCCGCGUCAUCGGCUCCGGCACCAACCUCGACUCCUCCAGGUUCAGGUUCCUCGUCGCCGAGCACCUCGACGUGAGCGCGCAGGACGUGCAGGCGUACAUGGUGGGUGAGCACGGUGACAGCUCGGUGGCGAUAUGGUCGAGCAUCAGCGUGGGCGGCAUGCCGGCGCUCAAGUCGCUGCGGGACAGCCACCGGAGCUUCGACGAGGCGGCGCUGGAGGGCAUCCGGCGCGCCGUGGUGGGGGGCGCCUACGAGGUGAUCGGCCUCAAGGGGUACACCUCCUGGGCCAUCGGCUACUCCGUGGCCAGCCUCGCGACGUCCCUGCUCCGCGACCAGCGCCGCGUGCACCCGGUGUCCGUGCUCGCCGCGGGCUUCCACGGCAUCUCCGACGGCCACGAGGUGUUCCUCAGCCUGCCCGCCCGGCUCGGCCGCGCCGGCGUCCUCGGCGUCGCCGAGAUGGACCUCACCGAGGCCGAGGCCGCGCAGCUCCGCCGGUCCGCCAAGACGCUCUGGGAGAACUGCCAGCUCCUUGGCCUCUGAGGAUCUAUUCUCUACUGCUAGUAUAUAUGUUGUGCUAUUAAUAUAACGCUGCCACACGAAUGCUUGUGUAAUUUUGGGCUGAUUUCUUAGAGCUGGAGUACGGGUAUUAGUUUCGUGAAAUAAAAUGAGAUUUUGUGCCAACAUUUGCUAGUGAA